CGUUAAAGUGUCCAGGACGAGCUACUAGGAAUGAAUUUAUUAAACUUCCCUGUUUUCUUUAAAAUACUUGAAAAGAAAUGUAAAUUUGUAUUCACAAAUAACCACACUCCACUUUCAAUUGCAACGUUACAAUUCGUGGGUUCAAUAAUGUAUAAUUUUCUAUUCUUUUAUAGGUAGCUUCGCCGGUGCUCCUGAAAAUUAAUGUUUUUUCUAAAUAUUACAGCGGUGGGGUAAAUAGUUACACGUCCAGAUUAUUGGUUUGUACGGUGAUAGUAUUGAGCAGAUGUCAAACACCGUCUACACGAGGUCUUCAUACGGUGACUCCAUUUUGUAUAAUGUGUAAUUAGUCGUACAGCUUCUGUACUAUCCUGAGCAUUUCAUUCAGAAUGUUAUCAACGUACAUUGGAAGAUUACUAUCCGUAAAUCUCAAUUCUUUCAAGUGCAAUCUUCGCAGUAUAUCACAAAUAUCCAAUGUUAAUACGAAAGAGGCGCUUGGAAAGCGCAUAAAAGUACAGGGUUGGGUGCGGGCACUCAGGAAAAUGAAAGAGAACAUAUUCAUUGAUAUUUCUGAUGGAUUAACGCCGAAAAUGUUGCAAGUCGUUGUACCGAGAUCCCACAAGCCGGAGAAAUUAACUUACGGCAGUAGUGUUAAUGCAGAAGGGGAAUUAGUUUUGGCUCCAAACGGUAUGGUAGAAUUACACGCGAGCAAUGUUACAGUGAUCGGUGAAUGCGAUCUUAUGGAUGGGUAUCCUUUCCUUCCAAGGAAACAGUAUUCCGGGGAAUAUAAUAGACAGUAUUUACAUUUAAGACCAAGAACUAGAACUUUCUCUUCUUUACUAAGGCUAAGAGAUUUAGCAUCUUCCGCUAUUGGAAGUUACUUUAGAGACAGAGGGUUCAUUAACAUACACACUCCAAUCUUAACUUCGAAUGAUUGCGAAGGUGCUGGUGAAUUAUUUCUAGUAAAACCAUCUUCUACAGAGAUACUGAAAGCUAUGGAAAAGAAAGACAUGCUCGAAGAAGAAUUUUAUUUUAAUAGUAAGGCUUAUUUAACAGUGUCUGGACAAUUGCAUCUAGAAGCUGUUGCAAGAGCUCUUACAAAUGUAUAUACUUUUGGACCAACAUUUAGAGCUGAAAAUUGUAAAUCAAGAUUGCAUUUGUCUGAAUUUUACAUGUUAGAAGCUGAAAUAGCAUUUAUUAAUACUCUUGACAAUCUAAUGGAUGAAAUUGAAUUAAUGAUCAAAUUUAUUACUAAAGAAUUAGUUGAGAAAGGUACUUCCGACAUGAAUUUUAUUGGUGCUCAUGAACCACAGUGGUUGAAUCAAAAGUUUACACGCAUAACAUAUGAUGAUGCAUUUCGGAUAUUAGAAAGUAAUGUUCAGACAUUAGAAACACCUGUUACUUAUGGAAAAACGCUCACUAAAGAGCAAGAAUUAUUUUUAAUAGAACAGAACAAUAAUAUUCCUAUAUUUGUCAUGAAUUGGCCAAAAGAAAGUAAAGCCUUUUAUAUGAAAGAAUGUAAUGAUGAUACUUCAAAGGUUGCUGCUAUGGAUCUAUUAGUUCCUGUAGUAGGGGAGUUAGUAGGAGGGAGUUUGCGUGAAGAUGAUUAUGAAAAAUUGCAAUCAAAAUUACCUGUAAAAUCCAAUCUCUCUUGGUAUUUAGAACUUCGUAAAUAUGGAAAUGUCCCAACAGGUGGUUUUGGAAUGGGUUUUGAGAGAUUUUUACAAUGUGUUUUGGGUAUAGCUAAUAUUAAAGACACGCUACCAUUCCCUAGGUGGCCUCAUAAUUGCAGUCUAUAAACAAAGAUUUCAGGGUUACAUGUCUGCUUCAUAACAAACGUAAUAGAUAUUGUCUCCUACUGAACUAACAAUUAAAAUGACACUUUAGGGGUCAGUAAAAUACAUUUUCCAGAAACACUUCUAUGAAUAAAGGUUCUAUCCUGAUUUCCAUUAUAUUCACGUUUGAGAUUGAAGGUGACAUUAAAUGUACACUCUGAUGUAGGAAAGCACAAUUUUAUUCAAUUUAUUUCAGUGUAAUGUGAACGUUCAAUGUUACAAAGUUUCACUAUACUAAGGACAAGGAGUAAACAGUAACUUUAAUACAUAUUCUUUUUUUUUUCUAAAAAUAAGUUUUAUUGGAUAUCGAGAUAAAUCUCAACUAAAGAAUAACUUUCUUAUUAAUACGUUUUUAUUUCUUCAAGUAUUUUGUAUAGUUAAAAAUUUAAACUUCUAAAGUUUUUUUUUCCAGCAAUGACGACUAUUAUAAGGGAUUUUUUUAGAAAGGUAAAUUUAGGAUUAUAAAUAAGCAACCAAAGGAAGUCAGACCCCGAAUAAUCAACAAGAUUUCUUUUUAUACAACAAAAUAAUCUUCCUCUAAUAGUAACUGUUUUUCUUCCUUACCCAAUAUCGUCGCGAUUAUUUUAAUGUUGAUAUUUUUAUGUACAUCAUAAUCAACAAUUUUAUAUAUCACACAAUUUGUACAUCUAACUGAAUUGGGUAAUAUCUCUCUCGCUCUCUUGUUCUCUCUCUCCCUCGUUACUUGCAGAAUCUUGCUGCUUUCGUUCUUGUGAAAUGAAAUCAGAAUUACACCUCUAGAAAACAAUCACGUCGAGUACCUUUCGAAUAUUUUUACAAAGUACAAACAGUAUGAAAUUCUUAGUCUCUUGUGCAUAUCAAUGAUGCAUUUCUGACAUGUUUCUGUCAUGAAAUACGAUUGCACUUCUCAUAUUCGGGAAUGCUACUUUACCAUUGUGUAUCUCGCUCUAGUUAAAUCAUUUCGAUUACAUUAAAUAUGUACAGUUCUUGUUCUCUUUUAAACUUAAUUAAAACUUAAAAAAUGAAGAGCUAAACAUACUCGCAGACUCAUAUACGCACUCACGCAUUGCGAUAUACAUACAUUAUAACUUAUACGACAUGAUAUUUAAAAAGCACUAGGGAUAUGUGAAUGUGAUCAAUUUUUUUUACCGUGAUUGGCAGUCGAAACAUAUAAAUACUCAAGGUAAAAACGGGAAUAUGAAAUGCAAAAACAAAAAGAUAUGUAUAAUACAUACAUAAGAAAACACGAAUCAUACGAUAAGAAACAAAAAUGGGAAAGUACAAAAAUUCUGUGGUAUAUCAUCAGGUCGUAUAAGUUGCACAACGGUGUGAUGUACAACGCGUAAAUUCUUAAAUCGUAAGUAGCGCUAAGCACAAAGUACAUUCCAAGUCACACGCAAACUUUCGCACGCAUACACGUCUCAAACAUAUAUUACAGGUACUAUUUACAUGAUCGAGCAGAGUCCCGACAACUCUUGUCCUCGUUCCACGGGUGGUAAAUUGGACAACUUUCUACCUUGCAAAGCAGGCUUAAUAGAGGCAGGCACCAAAGGUUCUGUUACUUCUUCAAUAGGUGUCUCGGUUCCAGGCUUUUCUUUCUCUUUAGGUUCUUCUGGUUCUUUGUUGAUACACAAUGGUUUUGUAAUAUUAAUCUUAAUACGAGACGGCGCCGCUGGAAUCGCUGCCGGCGUAGAAUCCAAUUCUACAUUUCCAUCUAUAGAACUUUUCACAGCAGCGUACGUUGUGUCAACUGAUGCAGGUUCAGCAAUUACGCUCUCUUCUGGGUCUAAUUGUACAAAUGUUUUCAAAAUUUUGAAAAAUUAGUAUACUUCAAGAAAAGCUAUCUUAAACGAUCAACGAAAAAUCUUUAACACCAAUAUCUUUUUAAACUUCCUUUCGGCUGUGACAGUAACUGUUCUUUUGUACUGUAUAAAUCUACUAAUAAAGAUAUCAAACGUACCUGGCUCCGGAUCAACAGGUUCUUCUUUUACUUCCACGCUGGCAAAAUCAAAUUGUUCUUCUUCCAACUGCUCCUCGGGCUCGUCAAGUGGCUCUUCUUUGAUUUUAAUAUUUUCAAACGGUUUAUCUACAAUCUCUGUUUGGGAUUCUUCCGUUUCAGUGGUUGUAGGCACAACCUCUUUCUCCAUGGCUUCACCAUGAAUAGAUUCCUCGUUAUUCUUUUGCAGUUCUUGCUCUUCUUCCACUUUUUCGUUUUGCUCUAUAUCCAUGCUAUCUACAAUCAUGGCUUCAUCUUCUUUUUGAAUAACUUCAGACGUUUCUUCCUGAACAGCCUCUUCCAUCGCUUCAUCGGAGGUAUCUGCUGCUGUUUCAUUUUCAGGAAGCAACGUUUCCAUGCUUAACUCUUCAGUUUUAUUUUCUUCUACUAACGUAUCGUCAGAAUUUUCCUUCUUUUCAUCCUCCAUUUCUUCAAUGGUUUCUUCAAGCGCUAGCGCGGAUUUUUCCAAAGCUCUCUAAUGACGUAAAAAAAGUAUAAAAAUAUUAGAUUCCCAUUUUAGUGAGCACUAUUCAUAUGGAGAUGUGUAUUACUGAUCACUAUAUACGUGCAACAAUAUUACGGAAAUAAAAAUUUACGUCAACUCUCUAAACUGUACUAAUGUAUAUACAGGAUUAUCAUCAAUAUUCCAUCAAACUCACUGCAAGGACAUAUUUAGCAUAAAAAAAAAACAAUAAAAUAAGUUGAUGUAGAUAUGUGCUCUAUUCGACCGUCUCUAAGUUGUAGCGAGUUUUGUGUAUUGAAAAUACUUCCAGUUUACCUUCACAAUAGAUACCGAAAGCGGCGAACCAACUCUCAAAUGAGAAGGUUCAUUUAAUUUAAUUUUCUCCUUUAAAGAAUCGUUGUAGUACGAAGUAUGACAUAACUAGAAAUUAUUAAUGGUAUAACUUCAAAUAAAUUUCUAUUUAAAUUAAUUAUAUUCCCAAAACUUAUUUAAAUUCAUAACCAAAGUGAAUACUACAUUUUAUAUGACAUCCUGUACAUAGCUACUAGUUUAGAACUGUUGAUAAUAUAUAACACAGUACUUAUUUAACAAGAUGAAAAAAUAUUGCAGAGUAUAUUGAACUCGUUUAACACAUAUGAAUAAUUUUAAUAGUUUAAUCAUUUUUAAACAAUCAGUAUGAUUGCUUCUACUUGAUUAUUCAUUUAAUGCUGAAAAUAAACAUGUAACACAAAAGGAAACAAAUCUUAUGAAAGGGGAAGAGACAAACUGAAAAGGUAUAUGACAGCUUUUACGUUACGUUCGUCAGUGCCUAAUUAAUUCCACUAUAUCUAUACGUGAAGAAACAGUUUGCAAGUGCAAUAUAUGAAUAUUAGUUAUUAUUAAUAAGCACAUACCACAAGACUCUUUUCCUAUUUUUUGUAAGAAUGCAACAGAUAGAAAAUUCGUUAAUAAACUUAUAUUGAUAUUGUAAUUGAUCGAAAAUACAGCGGAAAAUUGUUAACAUAAACCCCAUUAGAAAAUGAAAGCAGAGUACCAACCUUGUAGUCCUCUAAACACAGUGGAUGGUAAUUCUUUCCUUCGAAAUUAAUUGCCGGUCUUAAAUGCCAUUCUUCCUUCUCUUCAUUGUAAAAUUGUUCAAAUGCAUCAUGGCACACUUGACACCUGGAAUCCUCAUCAGAUCCCGUAGGAACACUAGGUUGCAAUGUUUCCUGAGGAGAGUCUUCUGGUGCAAUACCUUCUGUAUCUGCCGUUUGUUUCUCCGUUUCGAACCAACUUUGUGCUAAAUAAACAAAACCCAUUGAAUACUUUGUAAAUACAAAAAACUCUGAAAUACGAUUAACACUUUCAACUUCUGUACCUCUGUCCUCCAGAUCUUCAAUUUCUUCAAAUUGUAUCCAAUCGCUAACAUCAUAGUACCAAGGUCGUGAAUGAGCUUUCCUCGCAGAAUCUCUUUCUCGCCUAUUUUGUCUGAAAUGCCAAUCUAAAUGAUGACUGUAACGGGUCGCCAAUUCAGGCGCAAAUCUAGCACCGCAGGAGCUGCACUGCAUUCCACUGUAUAAUGCUGCUGCGAUCGCUGGUUGUUUACUGUAAAGAACAUAAAGCGUCUCUGGCUUAUCGAAUGAGACGGGGAUAAUUUCCGGUUCCUUCUUUUCUUCUUCUUCUUCUGGUUUCUUCUGCUCCGAGAGGUUUGGUACAAUACCAGUUUCAACGAGUCUCUGGAACAACUCGUUCAUGUUCAACGGUAACGAUAAUGCUGGAGCAGUCGACGAUGGAUUUUCCGCUGGUUCUGCUUGAUACGACAGACCAGAUGCUGGGGCCAUUGCGGAUGGUAAUACCGAAGACAACAUAUCCAAUUGCAAGUCUGAAAUUACGAGAAUUUUCGCUACAAGACUAAUGAAAUGUUACAUAGAAGUGUACACGAAAAAUACGCCUAAUAAUAACAAUUGAUUACAACGGAUGUAAGAUGUUGCUUUACG